AUGGAAAAGUGGGUGGGAAGAGGAAUGGAAUGGAGUGUCCUGGGAAAGGAUGCCAAGUGGGAAGAUCCCAGGUGGGCGUCUGAGAGAGUUCAGCUGAACGGGGACACAUGGGGUCUGCAACUCAUCUCCUCUACCGAGUCUUAAACCUUUUGCGUUCAGGUGGCCUUUGACCAGCUACAACUGGCCCAACAGCCAUUCCUGGACCAGGGAAGCCUUGCCACGGUGGUUCAUGCACUGAGUACUUCAGGACUGAGUUACUGCCAUGCGCUCUAUGUGGAGCUUCCCUCGUGUUUGAUCCAGAAGCUGUAGCGAGUGCGGGAUGCUGCAACACAAUUGCUGGCCACAGUGAGACCUUGUCUGCAUAGGAAGUCUGGGCUCAGAGGUCUGGUUACCUGUUUGAGUUCAAGCCAUUAAUCUGAGCCCGUGGGGAGGGGUCUCUUUCUGCUCCUCUGGGCAGCCUGUCCAUCUUUGAGAGUUAAUAUAGGAUGGAUAUGAUAGGAAGUGAUGUUUCCACCAUAAGCGGGAGAAAGAGAGCUGCUGCCCUCCCUCACAGGGGUGGCUGUGGACUUGCUCAAGAAAACUGCCCGCCUCGGGGGCAAGCCCCUCCCUCCUGGGAGAAGCAUGCGACCAGUGGGCGGAGCCUCUGCGCACACCUGGGGGCCCUCCUCCCUCCCUUCAGAAUCCCAACUGCCACCUGCGACCUGAGCUGUGGGGGUGGGGGUGUCCAGCUUGUUCAAAUCUGCUCAGAAACGGUUAGUGUUUAAAAAAAUGUAUAUGGUAGUAAAUGUUUUGGAAGAUUUAACAAAAAUGAUAUGGAGAAUAAGGAAACGGUUAGUAGAGAGGGCGGACCCCUACGAAGAGAGGUUGUGGGGAGCAUCAGUGUAAGGGGGGGCAGAACAACAGUCCCAGGUUCAUCAUCUACUCAAAAGAACCUGAGGAGACCCUGCUGGAUCAGGCCAAUGACCCGUCUAAUCCAGCAUCCUCUUUGCCCAGGGCCCAACUAGACGCCCCAAAAGGAAACUGACAAGCAGGAUUUGCACCCAGAGCCACCCAGAGCCCUUUCCUCCUCCUCCUCCUCCUCCUCCUCCUCCAUGAAUUUGUCUAACCCUCUUUUAAAGCCAUCCAGGUUGGUGGCCAUUGCUGCUUCCUGUGGCAGGGAGUUCCACAGUUAAACUCUGUGCUGCGUGAAUAAGUCCCGUCUUUUAUCUGACCUGAAUCUUCCAACAUUCAGCUUCACUGCAUGUCCACAAGUUCUGGUGUUUUGAGAGAAGCAUAAUUUUAUAAACUUCUAGCAUGUCGCCUCGAACUCGCCUUUCCUCUAGACUCAAAAUGCUGCAACUCUCAGGGGAGUCGCUCCACUCGCUCAGUCAUUUUGGAUGCCCUUUUCCGAACCUUUUCAAAUUCUACAAUAUCCUUUUUGGAUAUUGUAGAAUUUGAAAAUAUCCAGAACUGCACACAGUACUCCAAAUUGAGUUACACCAUAGAUUUGUGCCCCUCAGUUUUCUGGCUCUCAAGCGCUAACAAUCACUUCCUGAAAAUGAAUCCCAAACCACUGUUGUUGUUGUCAUCUAAAAGUCUGGCUGCCGAGAGAGCAUAUUUGUAAGAUUCAGUAGUCCUCUCUCCUGGGGGUUUGGUUCCUCCCCUGCAAAAAUUUCCCCUUAGGGGUUCAAAUAUGGUGCCUUCACACUAAUAUUCCUGGUUGAUCAGACAUUAUUCAGUACUGCAUUGCAGGACAGAGUUCAAGGAGUCUGCAAGAGCUUUCCAUUAGGACAAACUCCCUAUAUAGGAAAAAGAAUAUACCGUAUUUUUCCAUGUAUAAGACUAUAUUUUUUCCUAAAUUUUUGAAGUUUAAAAUAAGGGGUCGUCUUAUACACGGAUAGUGCAUUUUCUUAAUUUUGAGUCCCAAACAAUAGGGGGCAUCUUAUCCACAGGGGCAUCUUAUACACAGAAAAAUGCGGUACCUCAUCUUGGAUGUUUCAUCCUCUGGCCAACUAUCUUCUGCCCCCCUAACGCCUCACCAUCUCUUCAUCCAGCCAUAAGUGGAAACACUUACUCAACCCAAUUUAGUUUUGCUGUACAAGGAGAGACCUCCUUGUACCUCAUCCAGAGUCGUUCUUCACUUUAGCAGGCAGUGCUAGGCUCCUCCUAAACUGGUCCUUACCCACUUUGUGCCUCGGCUAAUGCCUUGUGCCAGGGUUUUCAACCAGUGUGCCAUGGUACCCUGGGGUGCCUUGAAUGAUGGUCAGGGUGCCGCUGGCAACACUGGCCUCUCUCCCUCUUUCCUUCCCUCCAUCCUCGGAUGCCCUCUUGUGUCUCUGCCUCCCAAAGGCUUGUGUGGCUGUUGUUUGCAGCAGCCCUGUCUACAAGCUCCCCAGCUGAAUGGGGCCUCUGGGGCUGGCCAGGGGGGCUGAUUGCCAGGAGUUGAGGCGGCUUCAGAGUAAGCAAGCAAGUGGGCGAGGGAGCCCAGCCAGCCAGCCCUUGCUGUUGGGAAUGGACAGACAAGUCCCAGGCCCUGUGAGGCAGGGUGAGGAGGCACCUCUCUAUGGGGCACAGGGGCAGCUCAGAGGCCAGGGCGGCAGCAGCGGCUGCCCAGAGGACUCCCAAGAAGAGGGGAGAGGAGGCUGAGGAAUCACUCCACAAGGGAGGGUGUUUGAAAAUGGGUGAGGGGCUGCCGGCUCUGCGGAUAAGGGGUGGCAUAACUGGGCUCCUGAGCCCCACAGGGGAGCUGCAGAAAGAAAGGUAGCUGGUCCAGGGAGCCAUGGACUCAAAAAGGUUGAAAACCUCUGCAUUGUGCAAUUUCAAUGCAGCUCUCUCCAGGACUUUUGCCUGAAGCCUGAAGAUGACUGCCUUCUAUGCAGAGGAGAUUAUCUACAACCUGAUUCCCAAAGAGGAGGAAAAACCUGUCAAGACGGUCAGGUAUGGGGGCAAACUAGCAAACAUUAAUUAAAACAAAAACAAACACCCCUCGGGAAAUAGUACAGAGGGGCUCUCAUCGCACUCCAAAUCAUUUUAAAGGAAAUUAAUUUGGUGGGUUGGAUCCAGCCGUAGUCAGUCAAACGUGGGCAUUAGUGAGAUCAAUGGGGCAAGCUAGUCAUGUUGACUGUAGUGGGAGCUCUUUGCUUUAUUUAUUUACCUUUAGUUAUUUACUUAUUUAAAGUCACUUCAGCCCCAAAUGACUCCCACUACCACCCCACCCCACCCCCCAGCACCUGCCACCCGAGGCAGCUGCCCCACAUUGGCUGACGGCCGGCCAAUGACUCUUGAAAUAUAAAUGGUGUGCUUCUUUCCGCUACCUCUUGAACGAAAGGUUUAUGUCGACCUUCAAGCCAACUGUGAGACGCGAAAUCCAAGAGAGGAAGACGGCGCCCUCCAAAACCAUGGGGAUCCCCAAGCUCUACAUCCCCACUCCAAGAGAGUUUCUUCGGAAGCAUGCCAACGAACCCAAGCUCUUAAAGCGUACGUUUUAGCAGAACCGUGGGGUCGGGGUGAGGUUCGUUGGAAGCACAAAUCUCCGGAGCCAUUUAAAUCUUCUGUGCUAUGGGUCUCUCCCAAUCCUCAUGGAAAGCAUUUGAGGGAGGACCACCGUCUCUGGGAGGGAAAGAUGCCACAACCAACACUUUGCAUGCUCUGUACAUUGCGGGGAGUUGCACUAGUUGACCCUUUGUGUCCCUUCCAACUUUCAACUGUAUGAUUCUAGGAUUCUGCAUCUGGUCUGAGAGAACAAGCUGGACACUGGACCAGACCAGGCCUACCUAGAAAAGUUCUGCUUUCUUCUGGGGCUGCAAGUGAACCCAGUGUGCAACUGUGCUGUUGUUGUUGAUUUCUGUAUACCUUGUUUUUUCCCUGGUGGGUGCCAGAGGGUCCCCAAGGCAGUUCUUUGCUGAUAAAACAGUUGCAAACGUGUGGCUUUUCCAAAACAAUGCAGGAAGAAGGAACCAAGGCAUCAAGAAGCCGCCAGGGCUGAAUGUGCCCGAGAGGAACGACCACCCCAUCAUGGGCAUCCGAAGCAAGAAGGACUACAUCUCCUCAAACGUUGCCGAGGCCAUCAUGGCCGUGGCCAGAAGCCCCUCCGGGCAUGUGUGGACGUGCGGAAGGGAGACAAGUUCCUCCUGGAUGAUUCGGGGCUCAUUCAAAGAUACCUCCACAAAAAGGUAUGGUUCAGAGGAGCGCAGGAAGCUGCUUUUUCUGGAUCUGACUCUUGGACCAUUUGGCCCAGUGUUGCCUACACUGGCUUGCAGCAAAGGCUCUCCAGGGUUUUCAGAUUUGGGGUCUCUCUCAGCCCUCCUUGGAGGUGCCCUUCUCUAGGCACAUUUAAAAAUCUUGGAUGCUUUGGCUAAAAUAAUAUUUAAAAUGUGUUGCUAAGGUUCUAGAGGCCUUACAUAGACUCAUUAAAGACGCUAACCCAAGAGGGCCUUCUCGGUAGUGGCUCCGUCCCUGUGGAACAUCCUCCCACCAGAUGUCAAGGAAAUAAACAACUAUCUGACUUUUAGAAGAUUUCUGAAGGCAUCCCUUUUUAGGGAAGUUAUUAAUAUUUAAUGUUUUACUGUGUUUUUAAUAUCCUGUUGGAAGCUGUCCAGAGUGGCUGGAGAGACCCAGCCAGAUGGGCGGAGUAUAAUUUUUUGUUAUUAUUAUUAUUAUUAUUAUUAUUAUUAUUAUUAAAUGGUUUUCUGUGCUUCGCGUUUUGCUAAUGAUAUGCUUCAUUGGGCAAAUAAUUGAUUAAUACAUACAUACAUAUAUCCAUAGUACCAAAACUAAAGUAUUUGCCGCUUUGUUUAUUCUUUUUUGUUUUUAAUGAUAUUUAUUAAAGUUUCAAAAAAAUACAAAAAAUACAGAAUACAGAAAGAAAAAGAAUAAAGUUUUUUUAAAAAAUAUAACCAAAAAAGUAAAAAAUAAAAGAAAACAUACCAAAUAAAACAAUUAAAAGGACAUUAAAUUUCCAUAACCUAUCUUCCUUAUACUUAUUUCCCCGGACCUCCUCAUACCUCCCUCUUUUGUAUUCCAGUUCAAUUUGUUGAUUCAGCAAAUCCUUACCAUUGAAAUUACCCAGUUGCUUUGUUUAUUCUUACAGUGAACAUUUUCUCGGUCAAUUUCUUGCCAUGCUUUGUGGGCUUGGAGGAGGAGAUCAGGGGGUGUUCAGGCGUUUUCUGCAGUGCAUCAUUCGGGACAUCCAAGUGUGUUUUCCUUGCAGGAUUUUGGUGUGACACCAAAAUACAUUAAGAAGCGGAUAAUGGACGCCAAGAAGGCUCAGGAGGAGAGCGAUGCUUACCUCCAGCAAGCCCUCCUGCAGAAAGGCCUGACGAGACUCUCCAAGGCAGAGAAGGAGAAAAUCAUGGAGGUACGCAGGGGUGACGCAGAUCAGACAGGACAGGGGGGGAAAUAAGUUGGCUCAGAAAAGGAGCGCCAAAAUUAUCAUGGGGCUGGAGAGGCUCCCCUGUGAGGAAUGGUUGCAGCGUUUGGGGCUUUUUAGUUAAGAGAAAAGGUGAGGAAGAGGCAACUUGAUAAAAGUUUAUCAAGUUAUGCCUCCUGACACCAGCCGGACCCCUAGGCUGUCCUCUUUUGGUGCCUGCUUAAUACAUUAUUGUCUAGACAAGCUACCCAGAUGUUUAGAAAGUUGAUGCCGGUCUUAAUCUAUUUUUAGUCUAUCAUUACUUAAAACUUUCAACAUCUUAAAUCAUCGUACUUAAUUUUUCUUAGUGAUAAUUUUAUUAUUUUGUCUCUUUUGAAAACGGCUUUGAGGGCUGUUCUUGUUUUUACAAUCAAGCGGUGCAUAUGUUUUAUGAAAUAAAUACAUUCAUUUUAUCCAUGUUUAAAUUUCUUUCUGCACUGCUGGCUGCAAAGGCACAUCAAGCACAUUUUGGCAUCCUCCUGCUGCAUACUUCAUAAGUUUGCUUAGAGUUUGCUUUUCCCUUCCUUCUCUCAGGGCCUGAAGAAAAACUGGGAGGAGAUCAACCACGAAUACCAAAGUCUUUCCGUUUUCCUCGAUUCGAUUCCGAGGAGACUUCGCAAAGAGAAGAUGGAGGUGGAGAUGAUGCAGCUGGAACACUACAUCAAAUUACUCGAGAAACACGACAUUGUGUAUAUUUCAAGCGUAUAG